AUGAACUCGUACCCAUCACAAGCUCAGCAACCAUUUCAGCAACAGCAGAACUCGUUCCCGCCGCAAACUCAGCAACACUUUCCACAACAGCAGGAUCCUUCAGGACGCCAGCAGCCAGGAGGACCGCAGUCUAACCAGGUAGACAAGAACCUCGAUCCUCUGGGAUGGGCGCUCGCCGAAUACGGAAGCCCCUUUGCACACUCGAAGGACUGGCGUGCCACUCCAUCCGAUCUGGAGCUUACGGGUCUUCCGCAGCAGAAGUUCAUGUCGCGGGUCAAGCAGCGCUUUGCACGAUCACCCGGCGAAGUUUGGGACAAACCACCUCCCAGCUUUGGUCGCACACCACAGCAGGGAUGGAGCUACGCACCCUUCGAGCCCUUUUCGCUCCCAGCAGCGGGUGAGCAGCUGGCAGAUGGGUUCAAGCCGCUCUACUUUGGACGUGUUCUCGCCGACCACGAUGUGUCGGCUGCUGAUUGGGCGCGCUUUUUGGAGGACAUCUCGGUGGCUGGCAGAAUGACUGGUGGACAGCAGGUCAUCUCGCAAAUCGCUCCCGUCACCAUGCACCUGGGAGCAACCGGCUACUUCGUGACCAAGGCGAUUCAGAAACGUAUGAAGCAGAGCAAGAAUCCUGUCAUCUCCGAGACAGUCGAGAUGUGGGAGCAGAACUUCUUCCUCCGACGUGGUCUCGACGUCUACAUCCGAGACACCGAGGGCAGGAUGACGAGCUACGCUCCCGGAGAGCCUGUUCCCGGCUCAGCUGUGGCCAAGACCAACGAUAUGGAUCAUCACUCUCACGACGAUUCGGAUGAUGACAGCAGCGACACAGAUGGGCAUCACGGAGAAAAGUCUCGCAAGGAGAAGAAGAAGGAACGCGAAGAGCGCAAGAAGAAGCGCAAAGAAGAGAAGAAGAGGAAGGAGAAGGAGCACAAGAAGGACAAAAAGAAGCCUCAGUUCUACCUCAUCGUCGCGCCCAAACAGUCGAUGUAG